AUGGAUUCAAAUUUCACUACUUCAACUCCGGAGUCACAUCCUGAGACAACGGAUUUUCUGUCCCUUGCAUGGUGCAACUUUGCAGUGCAAGCUUUCCAACCAGACCAGCAAGAUCGAUCAGUGGUUCUACUCGAUGAUCCGAUUGACAAGUUUAAGAGCCACAACAAGAAAUCUAGACAAGAUAUGGAUGAUGCAGAUCUCAAGCCUCCACCACCAUGGAAAUCCAAUGACGUGAAGGUGAAACAUAUGUCAUGGAAGAUAGUGCCAUUUGAGAACAUGUCGAUCAAGAAAUGGCUUAAAGACAUUAAGCAAAGGCGGAAAGAGGAGCAGAGGCUGCAAAGAGCUGAAGUCCUUGUAGCAGUAUCAAUGGCGGGUGUAGCGGCUGCACUUGUUGCUAUUGCAGCUGAAAAAUCAGAAAAUGAUGGGUCAAUCACUGCCAAGGAAGCUGCCAUCGCUUCUGCAGCCAUGCUGAUGGCGGCCCAGUGUGCAAAAGUUGCAGAAGCAAUGGGGGCAAGGAAGGGGCAGCUCAACAGUGUAAUAGGUUCGGCCAUGGAUAGCACAAGUGCAAGUGACAUCUUAACUCUAACAGCUGCAGCUACGACAUCAUUGAAGGGAGCAGCUACAUUGAAAGAAAGAUCAGGAUGCCGCAAGAAGAGACUAAAUGGGACCGCACCUGUGAUGCCUAUCGAGGACAACCCUGACGCUGAGGAGGUCGAUUUCGACUUUGACAAGUAUAGAUCAAUGCUUGCAAUAGGUUCCCAGCUCACCACUGAAACACCCGACGGGAAGUGCAAGGUUAGAUUGGUGUCUGUCAACCUCAACAGUGAAGCCAAGGUUCUUCAAAUGAGGAAGCUCAGUCUUUUCAACAACACUAAGGAAAGUAUCAUACUGGACAUGUACGCAGAGCUGUAUAAAGAUUCAGAAGCGGGUGAGAAUGGUACGGGUUAUCUCAUCGUGUUAACGACAAGUAGGGGGCCGUUCAAGCUAGACAUGGAAGCCGACUAUCAACGGUAUAAGACAUGGGCGACAACCAUUAACCAUAUGCUCAUGGUCUCUACUUCAUUUAUGAAAUAUCAUCUUCAAUACUACAAGAACUAG